AUGACUGCCCGCUGCCGCCGCCUCCUCCUCCUCCUCCUGGGGCUGCUCCUGGAGCUGGAGCCUGCCUGCUGCCAGCAAGCCCGGGGCAGCCUCCAGCCAUGGUCUCAGGGUGUCAUCGCAGUGGUUGUGUUUCUGGUCCUGGUGGCCAUCGUUUUCAUGGUGAAUAGGUUCUGGUGUAAGAAGAAAGUGGAAAAUGUCGAGACAGUGGUGAGCAUCAAGGACAAGCAGGAGGCUGUCACAUCCAACGGCCAUGAAGGGAAAUACAUAACUGCUGCAGCUGACUUCAGGUCCAAAGAGAGCCAGCACGCCUACGAGAACACUCUGGAACCCGAGGAGAGGGUGAUCACCACUGCCAUGUAG